UUUCUUCUCUUCGUUUCGGGGUUGCUUUUCAUUUCCUCUCUCUCUCUCUCUCUCUCUGUCUCUCUCUCUCUCUACAGAGAAUGAGAAAGAGCGAAACAAGGGUUUUCUAGGGUUUUUCGUCGUCGCUGCUCGAGAUCCAGGUUUUGUAUUGGAUUUCCAGUGUUUGUUUCGCUCUCCAGUUGCAAUUUCGUCCCUUUGCUUGAUUUCUAGGGUUUUCUUCCUAGGGUUAAUGUUAGAGCGACGGCUAGGAUUUUUUUUGUAAUUUCAUUUGUUCGUUUCUGCCGCUUCAUGCAUUUACGCCGUUUUCAUAUUGAUGUUGCAACUGGAGGUAGGAAGAGGGUUCUUUAACCAGUCGGGGGAGUUGAGGAUUGCAUCUUUUGAGGGGAUUCCAGCUUAGGGUCUGUGUUUUGCCUGUCUUUGUGGUCUGCAUCUGUCGAAUGCGUUAAGGAUUAGGGUUUUGAUUCUGAGGGCUGGGAUCUUGAAAUCGAUUUCAUUGAAGAAGAGGUGCAGCUGGAUUUUGUUGGAAAUCUUUAAUUCUGUUAUCCUCCCCAGAGAAGACACACAGAGGGCUCAAUCUUAAUCUAUCAAUGAAGAAAAAGGUGAGUUUUUGGUGUGGACCUUAUCAUAAAAAAAUGAAAAUUGAUGGCUUGAAUUUGGAAUGAAUCUUUAAUUUGGUAAUUGGUCUGGAACGAAAACAACAUUUGAUUGUGAUCUGCUCAAAAUAGAAGGGAAAUAAUAGGUCAUUUAUGGUGUAAAUCUUGGUUCUGAUCUCGUCAGAAAAGGAAAAAAGGGAUUGUGGGUUUGCUGGAAAUUUUAAAAUUGAUCUUGUUUGGAAGGGAAGUUUCUUGGGCUGGUUGUGUAGCUUGAAAUUUGCAUCUUAUUGUGAAGAAAAAGAACUGAGUUUUUGCCAGAUGGUUGAUAUGUGCAGAAUUAAGGAAUUGUUUUUAUGGCACCAACAGUUUUUGUAGAGUACACACAGCAGGAAUCCAAGAAAAUUUCUCAGGGUUUUUCAUUCACGAUGAUGGGAAAAACUCAUAGAUUCUCCAAAGGAGGCUAUUCUUCUGGCUAUGUUACUGAUUACCGGCUUGCCGUUGAGACCAUGGGCGAAUCAGAAGGUUUCGGUAGCUCUGGCCGCGUCGAAACAGAGGUGACCGCAUCAGAGGAUUCUUGUGCUCCAAAAAGGAAGUGCAUAAGUUUGAAUGCCAAUAAGUGCGACAGUUUUAAUAUCCCAUCACAAGUCAUCUCCGUUUCAAAGAUGUCUCGCUCUGAAAGGAAGGAGUUGGGACUGAAGCUGAGAUCAGAGCUUGAGCAGGUUUGGAGCCUUCAGAAGAAAAUAGUGUCGAGGUUCACAAAUGGGAUAACUUUGUCAUCUUCGAGUGAUAUCCGUAGUUGUAACAACGGGCGAAAAAGGCCGGCAUCACAGUUAUCAUCUGGUCAGGGGAAGAAACAGGUCCCUGUCGUCCCAGAUGCACCCUCUUUAAAUCGUGGUCUGUCGGGGUGUUAUGAUUCAAACCAGGCAACUGCAUGUAGUAGCAAGCAGUUGAUGAAUCAGUGUGAGACGCUGCUGAAACGGUUGAUGUCGCAUCAGUUUGGUUGGGUUUUCAAUGACCCUGUUGAUGUGGUGAAGAUGAACAUUCCAGACUAUUCCACUGUUAUUAAGAAUCCAAUGGAUUUUGGGACAAUAAAGAGCAAGUUAGCUUCGGGUGCAUACUCCAGUCCAUUGGGCUUUGUUGCAGAUGUGAGGCUUGCUCUCUCUAAUGCAAUGACUUACAACCCACCUGGAAAUGAAUUUCAUACAAUGGCAGACACUCUUAGCAAAUUCUUUGAAACAAGAUGGAAAUCUAUUGAGAAGAAGCUCCCGACAACUGUUUCACAGUCGAUGCCUGCGAAACCAGGAAUUUCUAGAGAAGUGGAUGCUGCCAAACCGUUGGUACAGUCUAAAAAGAAGAAACCCUCUUCGACAAACCAAAAGGUUAAGACAGAGAGUAUAAAGUGCAAGAUGACUGAUGAGGAGAAGCAGAUCCUGAGCAGAGAUUUAGAGUCUUUGCCUGAUGACAUGCCAGAACACAUUCUUGAUCUCCUAAGGGGCCAUAACAAUGAGAGCCAAACUGGCGAGAUGGAGAUUGAGAUUGACAUGGAUGCUAUCAGUGAUGAAACAUUGUUCAAAGUGCGGAAGCUUUUGGAUGAUUAUUUGCGGGAGAAGCAAAUCAAUCCAGCUAAAGCUGAGCCUUGUGAAAUGGAGCUUUUGAAUGAGUCGGGGCUCAGCAACUCGUCGAUGCAACCUUGCAAAGGCAAUGAGCCAGUUGAUGAGGAUGUAGAUAUUGUUGGAAAUGAUCCUCCAGUCUCGAGCUACCCUCCUGUAGAGAUAGAAAAAGAUACAGCCCAUAAAACUAGCAAAUGUAGUAGUUCAAGCAGCUCCAGUAGUGAUUCAGGUUCUUCAUCCAGCGAUUCAGACUCUGGUAGUUCUUCUGGAAGUGAAUCAGAUGGUGCUAAAGUUUCCCCUUCAAAGACUGACAAGGAAACCAUGCAUUCCAGAGCAGCUUUGGACCACGAGAGGAGCGAUCUUGUGGAUCCACACAACGGAAAUCGUUCUUUAAGCGGGUCAGGUAAACUCGAUCAGAGUGCCCAUCCCAAGCCAAUUGCUGCUGAGGCGGAUGACCACCAAGAGGGGGAGAAUGCUCAAUCUGAGAGGCAGGUCUCCCCACAAAAGCUCUAUCGGGCAGCUUUGUUGAAGAGCCGCUUUGCCGAUACCAUCCUCAAAGCUCGAGAGAAGACACUUGACAAGGGUGAAAAGGGGGAUCCUGAGAAGCUGCGGCGAGAAAGGGAGGAACUUGAAAGACAGCAAAGGGAAGAGAAGGCUAGACUGCAAGCAGAAGCCAAAGCCGCAGAGGAUGCUCGAAGGGAAGCUGAAGCUGAAGCUGCAGCUGAGGCUAAACGGAAGCGGGAACUCGAGAGAGAAGCUGCACGCCAGGCCUUGCAGAAGAUGGAAAAGACUGUGGAAAUCAAUGAGAACUGUGAAUUCCUAAGAGAUCUUGAAAUGCUUGGUUCUGCUCCUGAACAAUUACCAAGCUCGGUUGAUGAGACGAGCCCAGAUCACUCUCAAGAUGGUUUAGGUGGUUUCAAACUCCUGGGGAGUAAUCCUUUGGAGCAACUCGGUUUAUACAUGAAAGUGGAUGAUGAUGAUGAUGAGGAAGAAUGUGAGCAAUGUGAGCCUGGCAGUGCCCCUCCAAACGAUGUUGAGGAAGGUGAAAUUGAUUGAUCUGUUUGGGUGUGCGCCCUUUUCUAUAUAUAUCUUCAAUCACGGUGAAAGAAUCUAAUCAAGUUCAAAAGGAAUCCGUCAAUCAGGCACAUGGGUUUUCUUCCUUCUUGGUAAUUGGAGCAAGAACUCGUCCAGUUUCGUGUUCAUGUCUGCACUGGACCAUCCAAACAUCCAUCAGCUGGUUGGCUGUGAAGAAUAUGAUUGUUGGUUUGGAGGUGGACAGAUGUUGGGAAGGUAUUUUUGGCUUCCGACCGGUAUAGUUGCAUGAAAGUUGAGAUUUCUGUUUUACAGUUGAAGCAGCUGUUUCUUCCCCAUGAAAGAUGUGUUGUAGAUUACUGAUGGGAUUGUGCGUAAGUAUUCAAGUGGUUCUCAUGCUGCACCUAGUCCUAAAGCAAAAGAGAUGCUGUCUCUGAGGGUUUGUGGUCUUUUGCUAGAAAAGAGGGAAAAGGAGUCCUGUUGAAUGGACACCGGGGGUGUUGAUUGCUAUUGGUAUUUUGUUGAAAUGGAAGUGUGAGGUCCCUAACUGUAAAAAGAUACAGCUGAUGAUACAUGGAAACACAUUCCCUUUAUUCUUCA